AUGAUGGAGGAGCUCGGUGGAUCUCUGGGUCACCGGCUGGAGGACGGAGGAAGCAGAAUGACCCAGAGACAACAUGCUGCCCGUGAGGACGUCCCAGCAGAGACACGGAGGGGAGGGUUACACCAUCACUACACAUCUACUCAUCACGGAAUUCACACUGGAGAGAAACCGUACAGCUGUGACCAGUGUGGGAAAACGUACUCUUCAUCUGGUACCCUACUAAGGCACAGACGUGUUCACACUGGAGAGAAACCGUACAGCUGUGACCAGUGUGGGAAAACGUACUCUUCAUCUGGUACCUUACUAAGGCACAGACGUGUUCACACUGGAGAGAAACCGUACAGCUGUGACCAGUGUGGGAAAACGUACUCUUCAUCUGGUACCCUACUAAGGCACAGACGUGUUCACACUGGAGAGAAACCGUACAGCUGUGACCAGUGUGGGAAAACGUACUCUUCAUCUGGUACCCUACUAAGGCACAGACGUGUUCACGCUGGAGAGAAACCGUACUGGUGUGACCAGUGUGGGAAAACUUACUCCUCCAGAGAGAGAUGA